GCCAGCCUCUCGGUGCACGACUCCACGAACUACAAAGAUGGGCCCGCCGUGAGUUCCACGUCGGCAAUUCUGGACGUGCUCUUACACAGCAAGGCCGUGGCUCCGGAUAAGCUGUUCGAAAUCCCCGCCGCAUUCUUUUCCCUCAGCGACACGGAGAAUUUGCUGACCAAGGCCGGGGACCGCGUGUGGGCGUCCGUGCGCAUGUCCGACUACACCGGUUCGGUCGACGCUAAGAUCACGGAGGCGGCUGCCCUCGCGUUGACGGGGCGCGCUGACAAGGCCGAGUUUCAAGACGAGGUCGCGCAAGGGUCCAUGACGUGGUCUCGGGCACGCGUCCGCGCAGCGCUGGCUGCCUCCCCCGGCGGCAAGGGCGACCAGGUUAACGAGCCGCGCCUUGCUAUCGUGUGUGCAGAGCCUUGCCUUUUCGACGUCACCGUGCCAUUGCUCGCCCCGCAGAACGACAGCCGCCUUGCCCCGACUACAGCCCGCGCCAUUUCGAUGAGUGCCACGGGGAAGCUCUGCGUCGCUAUCGGCCCUGCGCGGUUCCUGACCAGCGGGGCCAUCCUAUUCGUCGAGGCCACGAAGGACCCAGAUACCACCCCGCGCGACGACGGCUUCGCCAUCACCAGCUACGUCACAGACGUAGCGGAGACCGACACCGAGCAGAAGACUGCCUGGAAGGCGACCACGGCGUGUCCGACAAGGCGUCUGGGCCGGCACGCCUUGACCAAAAAGGACCGGGCGCUUAUCUUGGUCACUUUCGUCAACGCGACGGACUCCGAGCUCGCUGUCGCCGACAUGUGGAAGCUUGCGCCCGGCAUCGACCCCGACGCGUUCACGGCAGAAAUUGCCGCGGCAACAGACGUCCUCACCAACCGCCUCACGCGCGCCAAGCGCAAGGCCGACGACGACCUCAGCGACUUCUUCGGGCCCACCGCCAAGCGGAUCCACGAGACGUUCUGUGGCCCCGCGAGCAUCGCAGAGUGA